AUGGUCUCCUACUACGAGCGGCUGGACAACUUAUUCGCCGCGUAUGCCCCUGCGAAGCGCCCGCAUGUGGUUGACCUGCUGCAGAAGUACGCUGGCAGGGAGGAAGCGAUACUGAAGAGCCUUGUCAAGAAGUACGGGCCGGAGCCCGUCGUCUCCGUGUCUGAUGAGUCACCAAAGGAUGUGCGUGACGACGGCAACAACUACCGUGCGCGCCUUAUUCGUUUUUACACUAAGUACGCCCCGAAGAAAAUCUCAUCGGUCGACAAGACUCUGGCGCGGUUUGCGGGAAGAGAAGAGGAAUUGUUCUUCGCUCUAGUGAAGACGCACGGGCCCGAGCCCCCAGUGUGUACUGGUGGUGGCGCAAAGACGCCGGAGGACUGUUCUGACUCCCGUAGCACGAUGAGCAGCAGCACCGCCAGCUGUGCUUGGGCACCGUACAACGUGCAUGAUGCCAGAUGGCGUCUGGCGAGGAUCUACAUGGCGUACGCCCCUGAGAAAUUGGCCAUUGUGGAUCAGAUGAUGGACAAAUAUGCGGGUCGCGAGGAGGAAAUGCUCGCAAGCUGCGUAACGCGCUACGGACUGGAGCCGCUGUCGCCGGACACGCAAAGUCCACGAAGGCGUCUCCUUCGUUUUAUUGAGCUCUACGUGCCGCGCAAAACCGCCUCGGUCGAGCCGAUGCUGCAGAAGUACGGUGGGCGAAUGGAAGAACUUUUUGGUAUGCUCGUGCAGAAACUUGGGCCGGAGCCGCCGGCACCACUUCCGUCCAGCGGUCCACCGAAGAUGACGUAUCGUCAGCGACUCAUUCGCUUCUACAAGGUGUACGCGCGAGAGAAGGUUGCCAAUAUGGAAACCGUGCUGCACCGCUACAAGGGGAAUGAGGAGGAAAUGUUCCGUAUCCUCGUGGAGAAGUACGGCCCGGAGCCCGACCCCGAUGUAGACCCCGACGCACCCAUCCCGCCGGAGCGAAACUACCGCGCACGCCUCACGCGUCUCUUUGCCACGCACGCGCCCGAGCGCAUGGACACCAUUCCGGCGUUGCUUACCAAAUACAAGGGUCGGGAAGACGACAUCAUCAAAGCAUUCGCCAAGAAACUCGGCCCAGAGCCACCCCUAGACUCCCCGAUCUCUAGUAAUGUGAUGACUGCUGAUGAGAAGCAGCUCGCACGGUCAAGAACAUCUGUCGUAUUGGCCGCGCGUGACACGAACAGUGAGAAUAAGAUUAUUGGUAAGCCAGCGGAUGGGGAGGAACGUGAAACGCAUCAAGCUGCAAACGCAUGGGAUGAGUUUCUGCAGUGUUUCCCUUUGCCCGUAUCUGUCUACCGCCGGUACGCCGUUGAUCGUUUGGGAGAAGAGCGCGUCUCCGCAUUGGAGUCUCGCUUCUGUAUCCCUCGUCUGCAUAGCAACGGCACAGAUGAACCACAGUGGGUGGUGACGAUGAGCUCUUCGCCGGGAGCCGAGCAUGUUGCUCUGGGGGAGGCGACACCGUGGUGUGAGGAAACGGCAGUGGCUCAAAACAUCAGCGCGAAUUUCUCGUGCCUUCUUUUGAUGCUAGAGACCGUGGAUUUCCCUUUACCGCCCACGUAUUUGGAAGGUGACGUAUUUCGUAGGUAUCCAUUAUGCACGCUGAUUGGAGACCGAGACCGGUCUACUCUGCAGACGUGUGCAGCGAUAAUGGAUCUGCAAGCCAAGUUUGAGGGUAGCACACAGUGUAUAUUGAUUGAGGAAGAUGUCGCACGACAACGCAUCGUGACGAGUACAGAAGAGUGGAAGCAGCAGCACUGUGCCAAGUUGGAGGACAAGAAAUUAUACUUGUGUCGUUUACUUGAGAAGGCAGUCGAGCUUCUACCAGAGUUGGAGAAUAAGGAGCGAAAGGAGAUUGAAGCAGUGGAGUGCAUUGAGUUUAAAGGGAUGGCAUUAUGGUUCAUCGAGGGACUUCAGACAAGGCAUGGUUUUAGGACGGACCCACGGGACAGGAAGCAGGAGCCAAUGUUACGAUGCUGGAAAGGUUUGACUAUGAGCAACAGCAAUUCGUCGUCACCAUCAUCAUGGACAGGUCGUACUACUGGAAGCGCAAAGGUCCCUGAACUAUGGCGAAGCCAGGAUCAGGUGGAGCAACACAUCCGGCGUCAACUCAAACUUACUGGCGAUUCUGGUGAAGACCUGCUAGCGUCCUCACGGGAAAUGCGUCAAAUACUGGAUACCGCGGUGGAAGCAGCAACACCAGUAGCAGCUUCUACGUCGUAUGCGUCACAGCGUCAGUACCAUUGUGGUGAUGGUGAUGGUGAUGGUGGCGCAGCCACACGCAGCUGGACCUCGUUUUCGGACGCCUCCCCGUCACCCCGUAACCCAUGCACCUUUAAUGAAUCUACUCGACGUGUGCUUCACCUCGGUGGGACGACGACGGCCAGCGUAAGCGCCACGCAGGCCUGCGUUGGGGUGGACGUCACGGGCCGAGACAAGUGGGGUCCAGCGAAUGAAGGGCGACUCUCGGAGGUCACGCCAUCGCCAUGCCACGAUGCGAGGGAAGCUGUGAUGCUGGGCGAGACCCUGCCAGCUGGGAGUGAACAGCAGAAGCAGAAACCGAGUGAUUAUGUGUUUCAGGGUACCUUUCGUUGCACUCCAUUUUUUUUUCAAGGGGAACGUCACUUUCCCUCCACAUUUUGA